AUGGCCAAUUUCUGGUGGAGGGAUAAAGGUGAGGACAGGAAGAUUCAUUGGUCUACAUGGGAGAAGUUGUGUGUUCCAAAGUCUGAAGGCGGGUUAGGGUUCCGAGAUAUGAUCAUAUUUAACCAAGCUUUAUUGGCGAAACAAGGUUGGAGGUUGUUGCGUAGGCCUGAGUCUUUGCUUGCACGGGUCUUGAAGGCUCGAUAUUUCCCUCACACGGACCUACUGCAUGCGGAGGCUAAGAAGGGAUCUUCUUAUACAUGGCGUAGCAUUUUAAAGGGUAGAGAGCUCUUACUCAAAGGGUUGAGGUUUCAAGUUGGGAGUGGUGCAAUGAUCUCGAUCUGGAACGACCCAUGA